UGUUAAAACUAGUUUCAGAACAAGGAGUACAUGCACAAGGGCAGGACGAAAAUGCUAAAGAUGAAUGAUUCUUUAAUUGCUUCAAGAUUCAUUAUAUUCAAAAAAGGACACAACUGAAUAUGAAGAAAACAGGACUUUGACAAUGAGACAAAAGUAGAUACAAGAAUGAGACUGAAGAAAACUUCAUUUAAAACAAGCCUGUGCCUGUGACGCACAAUGGAAGCAGGCAGAGAUUCUCGUCCAAAGGACUAUCCAGUUCCUCCAGGCUUAAAGGUCAUUAUAACAGGUAGUAAAGCUGAGUUCAAAUCCCAAGCAGCAAAUGGCAUUCUCUGUAUAAAUUACUGGAAUCUGAACAAAGAGAUAGUAAAGAGUGAGUUGAUACAGAGGACGGUUAGGAACAGGUCUGUGACAUUGGUUAUCACACCAGGAUGGUGGAAGAGCUUCACGCUGGCAGAAAGUGCAAAGUCUUUAAAGAUGGAGCUUAUGCACAGUUUAACACUGUGUCCUGAUCCACAUGCCUUUCUUCUGGUUAUCAAUUUACACACCCCAUUUACAGACACACACCUAAACAGUGUAGUGGAGCACAUGGAGAUUCUGGGUGAGCAGGUCUGGAAUCACACCAUCGUUCUGCUCAUUUAUGACAACAAAGAGGAGAAAAAUGCAGAUACCCAGCAGCUUAUUCAGAGAGGAGGGGCAGAGAUUCAUAACAUAAUAAAGAAAUGUGGGAACAGAGUUCAUGUCUUCAACUAUACUUUUAAAGGAGGGAUUAAUGUGGAAAAACUGUUUCUGGAGAUAGAAAACCUGGAAGCUCUGAAUGAAGGCGAGUCCUUUAAAGUUGACAGCAGCCUUUUGGAGAGUAUAGAGGAAAACAGGAAGAUGGUGAAAAAACAAACAGAGGAGAGACAGAUUGAAGUGAAAACAAAGAUGCAAAUCUUGAAAGAACAUCUAACAGAGACAUUUUUUCCAGAGUUAAGGAUUGUUUUGAUGGGUCGCAUGUUUGCUGGGAAGACCUCAGUGAUGAACACCAUCCUGAAAACUAGACAAGAGGUCAGCAGAACUAAAAGGUGUGUAAUGAGAGAAGGAGAGGUUGAAAAAAGAAAAGUCAUUUUAAUAGACACUCCUGGAUGGUGGCCGUACGCAUCUAUAAAGGAGACUCCGAAGUCAGUGAAGCAGGAGAUCAUGUCAAGUGUUAACCUGUGCUCACCGGGACCCCAUGCAGUUUUGCUGGUUCUUCAGUCUGGUGUUGUCUUCAGUGAAGCAUAUGGAAACUCUAUCAAAGGGCACAUGGAACUCUUGGGUGGAAAUGUGUGGAGUCACUGUAUAGUGGUUUUCACCAGGGGUGACUGGAUGGGGACUCCAACUAUUGAGGAGCACAUUGAGAGUGAAGGAGAUGCUCUGCAGUGGCUCAUUAGUGAAUGUGGAAACAGGUAUCAUGUACUAAACAAUAUGCAAGAUGAUGAGGAACAGGUCAGAGAGCUGAUGGAGAAAGUGGAGAUGAUGGCCAGACAAAACAAUAAACUUCUGACACCCAUUGAAGAAGAAAUAGAGGAGAGUGACAGUGGAUGCGGAUCUAACAUUUCACACCAAGACAAGCUAGAGAGAGGAAGCUUGAAUAUUAUUCCACCUCUUAUGGAUGAUGAUCCUGAAGUCUACGUUAUAAAAUGGCUGGAGAAUUCGGCUGCUAUGUCUAUGUUUUCAAAAUUAGCUGAAAACAAUUCAGAGGACAUUUUUAAUGGAUAGUCCCAGAGCCUGAGCAGCGAGGCUGAAAUCAGGCUGCAUUUCCACUGCACGAAAACAAACAUGUCACACAACCAGAAUCACACAGGUAAAACGCACCAUUGCAUCAUCACAAAAUGAUCAAGAUGGAGGCAAAUUAAGUGAACAGUUACUGUGUACAGCAUUAAAUGAUCCAUCUAUCUAUCUAUUCAUCCAUCCAUCCAUCCAUCCAUCCAUCCAUCCAUCUAUCUAUCUAUCUAUCUAUCUAUGGUUUUUGUUUUCUCAUUAACUGUUUAACAUUAGUUAGCAUCGUGUCCCCAGUGUUCUGUUUACUAAUAGGGGGCAAUUACCCAGUACACUGUCCAUUAUAUAAAACCACGGGAUUUAUUUUCUUUGAGCAAUGCUCUGACUAUUGUGAAUAUAAAUGGCUUUAUACUGUGGCCAACUUUUUUACAACCUUUCCUGCACUUGGGCCAUUGUGUGUUGAAUCUACUGUAUUCAGGUAAAUUAUUCAUCAGCAUUAUAAAACCUGGCCAUUGUCCCAGAGGAAGCCCUUACCAGCCCCAAUCAGGGCUCAGAAGUUACUGUGGAAACGUGACUGGUGUUCUGUCGAUUUGUUCUACCUCCUAUUCAAAAAGAUUUUGAUGAUGCAAUAAGCUACCCAUCAGAUUUUGCUACCAGUGUAAAUUUUAAUGUGGAGUAGUGUGAUAUAAAGCUGUAUCGCCCAAACCUAACUAACCCCUAACUCCAACCUCAGAACCAUUCAAAUACAGUGUUGGUAGCAUAAUCUGAUGGGUAGGAUAAAGUGUCAAGACACUGGCACUGACACACUCACUUUAGGUUAGGUUAGGUUACUUUAUUUAUACCCGAAGGUAGAUUUGGUUUGCAGUCAAGAAUCACUAAACUCUCACUGCUGGUCGCUGCGUGCGCAUGCCCCCUUAGAUGUGACAAUACACUGACAAAAUGUAUUGAGAAUACUUUUUUUUACUUUAAAAAUACAUACUUUAAAUAAAGUUAACCUAAUCGUUUGGAUUGAAGUGGAUUGAACAUAAAACAAUUAAGUUGUCUCCCAAAAAAUCUUAAGAAUUGUGUUAUCUUAACUCAUUUUAAAUAAGUAGUUUGAACAAGCAGCAAACGUCUUUUGGUCAGAGUAGAAACGUGGCUACUGGUGGCAAUACAGGAGAGCUGGAAACUUAUAUUACUUCUAUCAUAAUUUAUAUGAACACAUUUUUAAAGAGGAAGCCUAUAUAUGGUUCCACCUCAGAGUAAGUAGCUUGACAAACUCUUCACUUUGAUUACUUUCAGUCAACAGUUUUAAUAAUUAUCGAAUUUCUUCCUAUACUGAAUAAAGACAUCAAUGUCAUGAAAUAGCUUGUGGAUUCUGUGUUUUCAAAUGUCCCUCACAAUAUUUAUGAGGACAUUUGACAGGAACAAAAUCACGAUCAAUGAUGUCUCGCAGAGAAAAACUGAAAAAAACAACUACACUGAUUUGUCAUGUACAGUGCAGCUAUAGAUUCAAAGGUUCCAGGAUAAUAAAUGGUUAGUUGUGUAAUAGUUUAAUCUUCAUUACAGAUCUUUUCAUAAUGUUUUCAAUCUGUGUGGUAGCACCAUUUUACAAAGUCAUUGUGUUUUACUUUAUUACAUCAGUUUAUUAGUGGAGUGCUGAAAUGUAUGGUUUAUUUCUUAAUUAAUAACAUUCAAAACAAAGUCAAUACUGUUGGAUUUUGCAAUAUCUACAAACUUAUUAUGUCUGUUGUUUCAUUUUGCAUUAUGAUUUACAUUUUUAACCAAGUUAUGUGCUAUAUCUUUUAAUUAUAAUUGAUAUUUUGUCAGUUUGUGUCCCAUUUCACCCAAUACUACAAAUGCUAUAAUUGAUCAAUCAACUGAAUAAAAGCAUACUUGAAUGGUUACGUGCAUACGUGUAUGGUUAUCUGAGCACAAAUGUGACUGCAAUUGUCUUCUGGACAUUUUCUGAAUGUUUUAGAAAUUUCUCACCAUUCAAAGGAAAUAAUCAUGAAGCAGACAAACCAGAAUAGUAAGUUAAUCUAAAUAAAAGACUCUUGAGACUUUUAUUUUGGUUUGCUGUAUCACUGAGCCUCUGUUAUUGUGUUUGUUGCAUCUAACAUGCUAAAUAACUUGAGUAUAAACAUAAAUUUCCAAAAAUGUAAUAACAAUAAUGAAGAGAUAUGUUUUGUACAGAAUGAGAGGAAUUGUUGUUAUUGAACAAGUUACAUAAAAAUCAAUGAUCAAAUUGUAUAGUAGCAUGCCAUGUGCUUUAGAGUAAGUAGCAUUUUUUUUUCAGU